GCGGUAGACUUGAACCGUUUAGUUUAUUCAUGCUUGGCCUUCGUGGCGGGACGUUGUCGCGAGUGCAAACUGUAGUGAAGGAAUCCUAGAUGAAACCACUUACGCUCGUCUGUCAAGUCAAGAGCUGUUGACAGCCCGUGCAACGAACACUGGCUGUUUUAUUCACUUCGAAGUGACGAGAGUGCGCGACGAGGACAAACGCAGAGAUGUCCCGUUAGAGGACCUACAAGGCCCGCGAGCGAGGCCCAGCUGGCCCAGCUAUAAUUCUUGACAGUUCAAGUUCGUUCGUCGUGUUUUCAAUGCGCCGGAAGAUAUCCACCGUGACUGCGGUGAACCACGACAAAGGCCGAGUCGCUCAUUUUUGUCAAACAGCAGAGUCGCGCAGUGAUCGCUGUGGGGUCCAGGACCCGCCAAUAGACUCGUCAUGGGCCGAACCGGGUACACGUGCAUCAGACACGUCUUCUGCUCGCUGAAUGUCCUUAUUUGGCUUUGCGCCUGUGGCAUCCUAGGCGCAGGUAUUUGGCUCAGACUGGCCUACUCUGGAUACGCAACGCUCGUCCCUCAGUACAGUUUCGCAUCUGCCGAUUCCAUCCUGCUCGCCGCUGGUUGUGUCACCUUUGUGGUUGCCUUUUUCGGAUGCUGCGGAGCAUGGUUCCAGUCGAGAUGCAUGCUCAUCACCUAUUUCAGCUUGGUUAUCUUGAUGUUCCUCGCGGAGUUCAUGAUGGGGACAUUGGCCUUCGUAUUUCGUGAACAUUUAAGCAAAAGCUUCAAAGACGAGCUGCAAUUCGGUAUAGAGAAACACUACAACGCCUCUACAGAGCCGGGAACUCUUCCUGUUGUCUGGGAUCACAUUCAUACUGAGUUUCACUGUUGCGGCGUGAGGGAUUACACGGAUUGGUUUCGAAUAAGCGCUUGGCCCCUGGAGGACCGGGUCCCAGACUCUUGCUGCAUAAAGAGGACCCGAUACUGCGGGGAGUUGGACACGGAGGGAAAAAAUAAGGAAUCCUGGUACAAAGAGGGCUGCGCAUCGGCGAUUCAGAUGUGGCUUGUAACGCGUCUUCACGUGGUAGGAACGGUCGGUCUGGUCGUUGCAUUUCUGCAAUUAUUCGGCCUGGUCGCCAGCAUGAUACUGUUUUGCACGGUGAGACAUAAGAGAUCUUCGCACACCUACAAGAGCUACGACACAGCGACCUAGUCACAACGUCAAGUGCGUAAAUGAUCUGUGUCAGAAGCCCAACCUCCGGCUGCAUUUUAAUCAUUUCAUAUGAAUUUAGUUUCAUUUCAUUCUCCCGCCCAUCGACCAAAAUUCUUGUCCAUGAAGAAUUGCAUCCAAUUUUUAUAUGCCCGUGGGAAGAAGUUGUCAAGUCAGAUGCGGUUGAAUUUAAUUCCAAUUUUUUCACGAACCAAAGGCAGCCGGAAGGUACAAAGGUGUGGUCUUCCUAAGCUCAAUGUGGGCAAACCAUUGAUAGUGUUAGAGAUAAAUUCGAGGAUCUUAGGAUAUGAAUUCUCGCAUAUAAGCCGGUCGUGUGUUUUAUUGUACAGAUGAAAUUAUUAAUAUUAAAUUAACCGGUGAUCAUUUUUGUGACUCAGAGGCGCCUAACUCCGGAUUGUGUUACGUUUGAACGCAGAUAAAAAGCGUGAAUUUCUCUGUCGAAUCUGAGAGUGGACAAAUUUUCGCGUUUCCUAAUUUGUUUUGUAAUUAUAGCAUAAAGCUCGAAUACCAUUCCGUAUCUAAUCGUAUUUAAAACUCAAAUUCUAUCGCUAAAUGCAUGAUGUAAUCAGUACUGGCUUCAUUUUGUAGUAUUUAUUGUAAAUGUUUUGAAGAAAUUUCGUGUAUUUCUUACGUGAUUCACUCGAGUUAACUACUACGUUACGAUUACACCUACCAGCAUUCCACAUACAUCGUAUUGCGAAUGCGGUUUUUGUAAUAUCUAUUGUAUAACUAAUUCGUAUUUGUUAUACCCACAUGGAACGCGAAGUUUAAUUAAUAGAUAUCAUCAGAUCUACAGAACCAUCAUGUUCGUUAGUUCUAUAAUAGUCGGAUAGGUAUCUCCUGGUUUCGCAAGUUACGUACAAAUGACAAUUAGGAGAAUUGACAAUUCUUGGAAACCUGAUAUUGGUCUUCUGUAACCUGAUUUUGAUGUCGAUGGGACAUCGCUGACCCAUGUGGGUAAGUUAUGCGUAGGUAUUUGAUAUGAGAUGUUAAAAUAAUUGAAAUGGCUGUUCAAGUCUACAAUCAUUACGCAAAUUUUUAUUAUCUAAGACAGUCGCCAUUAAGUCGUCUCUUUGACAAUAUUUUAUUAAAGAAAGCCAGCCCUUAAGGGAUUCGUCCGCAACAAAAAUUGAAUGGUGGCUUACCGACAUCAACGAUCCAGUGAAUCUACUGUUACCGACCGUACACCACAGCAAUACGUUCGCUUACCGAAAAACAUUGCUAUUUAUGUAAAUUACGGACGAACAUUUAGCCCAUUUGGCCGCCUGAAGUGGCAAGCAAGGAAUGUUUCCGGGGCUGACUUUCUUAUGCUUUCAAGAAGAUAACAAUUCAAAUGCCAUAUAUAUUUAUGAAAGUGUACAUGAAUAUGUAUUUCGUCGUUAUACGGGGAAAAGUCCGUCUGCCUAGAUCGUAUCAAGUGUACCGAGAGUUUUCGACGAAGAGUCUAAACAUCGUUCGCGUUGAGAUCCUUGACCGAAAAAUCCCGGUAUAUUAUGAAACGUGUUUAUCUGAGAAGAAAAUACAUCCAUAUAUUGGGACGAAUGCUCCAAACUAGUUUGCCCUUUAUGGGAUUUAUAUAAACUGAAAUAUAUUGAAAUUAAAGUGAUAAAUUAGAAA